AUGGAGUCAACACAUUCGAUGAUGCUUGACAGGCUCAAGGAGGUUGUGGAUAGCUCACAGAAGGACAGAAACUCACUGCGAAACAUUGAGUCUGUUAUGCACAGUUGUUGGAAUCGAGCGAACCAUGCUCCGAACGUGCAGCCGUUGUGCAAGGAUGGUUUGUUGGAGCUCUGUGCUUACAUCUUGAACAAGUACUUGGACUCGGACCUGAACGAUCUCUGCGAGAACACGUGUGGAGCCAUCUACAAUUGCUCAAGGAGGCUUCCAUCCAGCCGUGUGGUCCGUCAGAGGAUGCUGAGCGCAGGCAUCUAUCCUCUGAUCCCUCGAUUGUUCUCACACGAGGUCUGGAUGAUUCGUUUCUACGGGACAUUGAUCUCCGCUCACUGCGCAGCCUCUGGGCUGUCAAAUCACCAGAAGGUGAUAUGCUCUCUGGAAUCCAUCGAAUGGCUGUGUAAGUGUCUGGACAGCACGCUCAAGGAUGAAGGCUUUGGGGGGUCUGGCUGGAGCAUCGAGGAGGUCAUGUCUGCCGCGGCUUCCCUUUGUACUCUUCCCGAUAAUCGAGCCGGGUUCCUUGAGAAGGGCGGGUCGAGAUUGUCCUUGCAGGCUCUCAGCAGCGUGAUGGAGGAGCAGGGGAACGAGCUGGAGGUGGAGUUGCGAGUCAUCACGCUGACCCUCGCACGCAUCUCAAACGACAGGCUGUUCAAGGAGAGCUGCACGAGUGAACAUGUCGAGCUGAUGGAAUCGCUCAUUGACAGUGAGAUCAUCGCGGUGAAGAGCAACAUCAUGUCAGUCUUGGCGAACGUCGGGUCGGAGAAAGCUUCUCUUGAAGCCGCCUUCAAGCAAGCCUGCGAAUGCGCCAGUGCGAAAUGGAAUCGAUCUCAGCUCUCCAUCGUUGGGAAGGGGAGGGUAGGCAAGACAGCAUUCGUGAGGGCGAUCUUGCAGAAACCCUUUGAGCACACGGAGAGUACGAUCGGCAUGGAGGGGAUGACCUGUGAAGUGAGUUCUGUCUUCUCUGGGAAAAUGUGGUGGAAAGAGCAGACAAACAUUCACUCAGAGCUGGAACUUGUUCAAGCAAGACAGGCGGCAGCUUUUGCAAAGGGCAUGCAAACGGCAGAGAGUGACCUGCUCUCAAGCUUGGAGUUCGAAGCAGAAAAUGGAGACGGAGGAGAAAUGUCUGAAGACAUUUGGGAGCAAGGACAGAAGAGCGGAGCCAUUAGCAGCGAGACAGCAGACAAGAGCAUGGGGGAGAGAGGAUUUGAAGCCAAACAAAGCUCUGAGCCGAUUGUGAGUCAAUACAAACAAGAUCUUGUGGUUGAAUGCUUACAAGAUGAAGGGUCCGAUGAGUCGAUCAUCUUUGAGUUGUGGGACUACGGGGGCCAGGACGUGUUUUAUGCUCUUUUCCACCUCUUUAUCACCAGGUUCGGCAUCUUUGCUGUGUUGUUCAAUAUGGAAGAUCUCAUCACUGGGGACGAGAGGCUACAGAAGGAAUGUCUUGACUUCAUCGAAUUUUGGUUGAGCACAAUCUACUUGCAUACAAGCCAGUCUUCCAGCGAAAGUUGCGCUCCAAUCGUGAUCGUUGGAACUCACAAGGACAUCAUUUCUCAUCCUCUUCAGCACCUUUACAUCUCCCGCAUCCUUCAUCGCACCUUCUGCGGACACCUCGCCUGGCCCCACGUUCAGAUCUUCGACCAGAGGUCAAGCUCCUUCGUUGCCUCCUCCAUGGAUGACGUAGAUGUCUGGCUGAAAGAGCAGUUUGACCUCGUCGACGCUGACUCAUCCUCCACUCUUGAGCUUGAAGAAUUGCAAGCGUUCUUUGGGAAAUAUGCAGACGCUUCACUGGUCAAGGAGUUCUUCGAGUCGGUAGACGAUAACAAGGACGGGAAGAUCAGCUUGGCCGAGUUCAAGGCAGCCACCUGGGAGGUUCUCACCUUCUUCCCGGUGGACAACACUAAGGGUCACGUCGACCCCGUCAUCCCCCAAAUCCUCAGCGUUGUGGAGCAAGUUGCGAUGAAUGCCGACUACAUCCAGCAGCGCGUUCCUUACGCGUGGAUCAAGUGCCUGGACUCAAUAAAGCAAUCGGGGAAGGAUGUGCUGAAACUGUCGGAGGUGGAGGAGAUCGCAGCCAAGAGCGGGAUGCCGAUGUCGAAGAGACUUGGGCUGACAAGGGAGGUAGAGGGCAUGCUGGACUACUUUCACAACCUCGGCCGGCUGAUGCACCACAAGGAGAAGACUCUGAGGGACUAUGUCAUCGCCAGGCCGACAGAUUUCAUCAUCCGUCCGGCGACCCAGGUCGUGUGUGAGCACGAUCUUCACAAGACGGCUCAGCAGCUGGAAGCAAGAAAAAUGAUCAAUGAGUGGAAGAGUCUGACGAUGAGCGCCGUGCUGAGCCGGAGGUUGCUCCCUGUGCUCUGGAAGGACUACUUGCAACAGAUGGACUUGCUCGAGCUUCUCUGCGUCAAGUUUGGCAUCUUCAUCCCUCUCAAGCCCCAAGAGACAGACGUGUCCAUGUCCUUUCUCGUCCCCACCCUUCUUCGAGAGCAGCAGCUCAGCAAUGUGGACAACCAGGCCUUGUCCUGUUUCUUGCUUUUCUCGUCGGAUGCUGAGUUUCUGAGAGAGCAAAAGGGAGUCGUUGCGCGCUCGGACCUGACCAGUCGCUUCGUCCCCAACAGCCUCUUUGCCAGCGUAAUCGGGCAGGCGAUUGCAUGGAGCCAGAGCACGGGGGGGAUGCAGCACAAAGUGAGCAAGACAGAGGCGACGUUAGCGUUCGGAAAGCACCGCUUCCUCCUGCAAGAUCUGCGAGCUGAGAAAUGUUUCAAGCUGGUGAUCUUUGUCCAGAACCCCAAGAACGUCCUGCUGCGACUCCUCAAGAUCAUUCAGACGGUGAUCGACCGGUGCAUGCCACGGCUGCGGUGCUUUGCCUGUCUGGAGGAGAGGACAGAUGAAGGAGCGGAAGAUUCCUUCCUGCUCGACUAUGACACUCUCUGCCAACAAGUUGGCACUCAGCAGGGGCUCUGGGUUGGAACUUCUCACCUCGACUGGUCGAUACUUCAGAGCAAGUUCAGUGCAUGGCUCCCGUCCAAGGAACUGCUCUCCUCCUACGACGUCUUCUUCUCCUACCGCCAUGGCCCCUUCGACUCAGAGCUAGUUGAGAAGACUUAUGACAUCCUCUCACUGGGGAUCGUGGGGAAAGAAGGAAGGCGCCUGGAGGUCUUCUACGACCAGGUGAGGCUGAAACCGGGCAGGCGCUUCGACCACGACUUCAUGCGGGCACUUUCAAGCUCAGUCGGCGCCGUGCCCAUCGUCUCGCUGGAUGCCCUUCAGCGGAUGUUCUCGCUCUUGCCCGACAGCCCCGAGGAUCACGUGCUCAUGGAGUGGAGCCUCAUCCUCGAGCUGCAAGCUGCUGGCCGCCUCAAGUUCUGCCUGCCCGUCCUCCUCGGCAGAGUCUGCAAGGACGAGGGCGGCCCCCCCAUCCGCAGCUUCUUCGAGGACGAUCCGAUCUCUCGGCUCCCUGACCACGUCCCGAACAAGACUGUAGCCGAGGUGAACAAGUUCAUGGUCGCCCAUCAUCUCACUCCCUCCCCCGACCUGGAGAAAAGGACAGUCCGAGACAUAGUGAAGCUGCUGUCCAAGAAUGUGGCGCUGCUCCUGUGGGAGGCGUCGAUCGGGCAUGGCAGCGCCUCCCCCCCUGACAUGUCCGACGUGCACGCGCGGGAGCUCUUCGGACUCUUCGAUCACAUUGCAAGCAAGGUUACCAACGCGCUGGAGGCCAGCCAGCUCUGGAAGGAGGGUGAGACAGUGAGAGAUGUGUUGGAGUCAGGCCCGUUCAAGGACUCGUGGGUUGGUGAGCAAGCAACACAUCGGGAUGGGACGAGAGCGGUGCUAGCCACCAGCGAAGAGCUUGAGAAGUUGAAGAAGGAGGUCGAGAUGUUGAGAGCAAGGCAGGUAUCUAACAGCGCAUGUUGCUGUGUAAGCUAG